ACCCUUCAGCAGUCUUUAGUAAAGUCCUCCUGUGAACAAAAUUCUUGUCCGUUUUAAGAAAGUUGCUCUAAUCAAGUGUGUUUCCGAAUUACCGCAAUGGGUCGUGUAGUUCCUCUGCUGGCGCUGCUGCUAGCCAUCAGCCAUGCUGCUGUUAUACCGUUCCAAUCACAGCAGCUGGAAGUGCUUAAACCAGACCAAAGAGCAACGCUUGACGAAGCUCUAGCUCAACUGCUGGAGAACAUCCGAGAGUUACUGCGAACGGGAGAUCCAGAACGGGGCAUUCCCGUAAUGGCUCCACUACAAACCGAUCAGCUUGACGUGGACCUAAGCUUGGGUGGAUUGCUAGACUUUACCGCCAUUUUGCGCAAUCUGUUUGUCGAUGGAUUGGAUCGUUUCCAGGGUACCCUGACGUUGAACGUUAUACAGAUGGAGUUUCGGUACGAUUUCCUUUUCCCGGAUAUAGUCGCACGUGGACAAUAUGAUGCUAAUGGACGACUUUUCGGAUUGAUUCCGGUGUUUGGGUUGGGCAACUUUAACGUUGCUCCUCGUGAUCUUCGCAUCCAAGGAACGGCCCUGCUUCGGCAGUUACCGUCCGGAUAUCUUCACAUGCCUGAACUGAAAGCCAACGUACGGCUUGGAUCGCUGCAGAACAACAUCGAAGGAAUGCUGCUUGGGGGCGAGUUAUCUGAUCUGCUUAACGAGGUCAUCCAGGAUCUUGUUCCUUCCGUGCUGGUUAACUUCGCACCGGAAGUAACUGAAAUUAUCUCACGCGUUGGCAUACCGAUUGCUGACUCGAUUCUGAACACGAUGACGCUUGACGAUCUGUUCGCAUUGAUUCCGAUGAAUGAAUAGAAGGACUGUUCUAUGGAGACAUCAUUUUUACGUAAAUAGAAAAUUAAUGUAAAGGGAAACAAAAUCAACUGCUGCAACUCAAAAGGUGAAUGGAAUUAAAGGGAAUUACUUAAAAGAAUCGUU